UUUUAUUUUAACUACAUUACUUGUCGGGCAUUCCCACCCCAGUCCGCUAGGGGCGAUAAUGAGCUCACAGCUCGAUGAAUCCCCGUCGCCGAUCAAGCGUGAGAUGUGGUUGUCAUGUGUCAUCCAGCCUGGCUGGCGGUCAGCUGACAAAUCCGCUUCGCUUGUGAUGUGAAGUUCUCGUGUUUGGCGCGUCUACCUGCGUUUCCUCGUACUUACGUCGAAUGAAUGCCACGCUAUGCUUCACCGAGGAGGGUCAUGGCCGUCGUGAACUCGGUUCUGAAGCUGUUGCAGAGGCAGACGUACACCUGUCUGUCUCACCGGUACGGGCUCUACCUCUGCUUCGGGGGUCUGGUGCUGAUGAUCGUUUCCGCCUUCCAGUUCGGAGAGGUGGUGGUGGAGUGGAGCCGGGAUCAGUACCAUGUGCUGUUCGACUCCUACAGAGACAAUGUGGGUGGGAAAUCAUUCCAAAGCAGGCUUUGUCUGCCUAUGCCUAUUGAUGUAGUGUACACAUGGGUCAACGGCACCGAUUCUGGUCUGCUGAAGGAGCUGAAGGAGGUCAAAGAACAGCUGGCAGAGGAGCAAAGAGCGCUGAGGGAACGUUUGGGGAAAAACACGAAUAACACAACAGAAGUGCCAAAAGAUAGCGUGAAGCCCGAGUGCCUGCUGUCCCACUGCGUCACGGCGCCCAUGCUGGCGCUGGAUCCCGCCCUGCCGGCCAACGUCACGCUCAAAGAGCUGCCGGCGCUCUCUGCUUCCCUCUCCGCCGCCAAAGAGCUGCUGGUCAUGAGCAAACCCUUCCACCCCCCCACCGCCGUCUCUGUGGUCGUCUUCCACUCGCAGGCUGACGCUGAUAAAGCCUACACCGACGUCUUAAAAGAAGUCCAGAAGUUCUCCGUGUCCAGAUGUUACCUGACGACAGAUAAAGAGGCUCCCGGUCUGAUCCGCAUGCAGUCUUUGGCUUAUCUGAGCGGCUUCCCGCCAUCUUUCAAGGAGAAGGAGCAGCUGCGGGUCAAACUGCCCUCAGUGGUGACCAGCAAGAUCAAAGAGUUUGAGUUGUACUCGGAGGCCAGCAUCGCUCUGCUCCAUCUGAAAAGCCCUCAGGAUUUCACCGAUCUGACCCAGCAGGCUAAGAAGAACCUGACUCUAGAUGGGAAGGAGCUAACCGUUAGCUCUGCCUACUUGUUUUGGGACCUCACUGCCAUUUCUCAGUCUAAACAAGAUGAAGACGUUUCCGCGAGCCGAUUUGAGGACAACGAGGAGCUCCGCUACUCGCUGCGCUCGGUGGAGAGACACGCCCCCUGGGUGCGACACAUCUUCAUCGUCACUAACGGCCAAAUACCGUCCUGGCUCAACCUGGACAACCCUAGAGUGACAGUUGUCACGCAUCAGGACAUCUUCUUGAACACCAGCCACCUCCCCACUUUCAGCUCUCCUGCCAUAGAGACGCACAUCCACCGGAUCCCAGGACUCUCGCGGAAGUUUAUCUACCUGAACGACGACGUCAUGUUUGGGGAGGACGUCUGGCCGGAUGAUUUCUACAGCCACUCCAAAGGACAGAAGGUGUACCUGACCUGGCCCGUUCCCAACUGUGCAGAGGGCUGCCCAGGAUCCUGGAUCAAAGAUGGGUAUUGUGACAAAGCGUGCAACAACUCCGCUUGUGACUGGGAUGGAGGGGAUUGUUUGGGAGCGGGCGCCAACGGCCGCUUCCCUGCAGGCGUUGUCGGACAAGGCGGAGCUGGAGGACAAGUGUGGCAGUUUGCCGCUGGGUUGGGGGGCAUCGGAGGGACGCUGUACUGUAAUCAGGGCUGUGCGAACUCAUGGCUGGCAGACAAGUUCUGCGAUCAGGCCUGCAAUGUGCUCUCCUGUGGGUUCGACGUGGGCGAUUGUGGCCAAGAGCACUUUGGCGAGCUGCACCGCGUCAUCCUGCGCAGGAAUCAGACUCUGUACGUUCUCCCUCUGGGAGAGACCAAACCGUAUUUCAGCUUCGACAAGGUCGCCCGCCGAAUCUCCGAGGCCCACGUCGGCGACAAUCCAGUGGUGCGCCACACGUCCGUCGCCAACAAGUGGAAGACCAUCCACCUGCUGCUCCACCCCGGCCACAACGCCACCCAGAUCCAGUACAACAUCACCUUCCAGAGAGACGACGAGACCGAGUUCCUGAUGAGCUUCAGUGUGGCCGUCGACACCCGAGAGGUCACGCCGGCCAACUCGUCCCUCGCCGCCAGCAAAGAGGCCGGAAAAGAAGCCACGCCGCCCUCCACUCCUGAGCCCGUCUUCCCGUUCUCGGAUAUUCCCAAGGAAAAGCAAGGACCAAAGAUAAAGAGGAGGCAGCCCGAUGAACCUGAAGCUCUCAUCGAGGUCCCGUCUGUAAACGUGUCCCUUUUACCCGCCGUCGUACGCGGCGAGCUUCAGAAGCUGGAGGAGAAGCUUCUGUUCGGUGACAUCACUGUGAAAGGCUAUAACUUCACCAAGGCUGAACUGCUAAAACCCUUUACGUUUUUGGCUGAAAAGAAGGAGCGCGUUACCUCUCAGGCAGUUCAGGGAAAACCCAGUAACGAUUUUAAAGCUGGAAAUGUUCCCAAACACGCAAAGAAGGAAAAAUCCAGGAAAGUUGUAGGUAAACCGAGCACUCCUCUCAUUCCUGUCAGCAUCGAUGACAAUUUGAACGUAACUCCAAAACCUGUGAAAGCUGCAGUCGAGAAACCCAAAACUUCCAAACUUUUAAGCAGCAUCUCUCAAAAGAAAAAAGUGGACGCUGGGAAUAAUGCGGCCAGCGCUCCUCCGGUCGGACGAAGGCUCCAGCACUUCGUCUCCUCAGACCGAGGCUUCCUGCCGUGGGAGAGAAGGAAAUAUUUCCAGGCCUUACUCGAGGAGGAAGAGCGUCUCCAGAGCGAGCUGUCGUAUCGGAGCGAUCCUGCAGCGACGGGGCGAAGGCUGCAAGACACCUUCGCUGAUUCGCUCCGUCACGUCAACAAGCUGCUCAACGGCCAGUUUGGAUUUGCAUCCCGAAAGGUUCCAGCGCACAUGCCUCACAUGAUCGACCGUCUCAUCAUGCAGGAGCUGCAGGACACCUUCCCGGAGGAGUUCGACAAGACGUCGGCCCACCGUGUCCGCCACUCCGAGGACAUGCAGUUUGCUUUUUCUUACUUUUACUUCCUCAUGAGCGCACAGCAGGAGCUCAACAUUACAGACGUGUUUGACGAGAUCGACACCGACCACUCAGGCGUCCUGUCGGACCGCGAGAUUCGCACUCUUGCCACGAGGAUACACGACCUUCCUCUGAGCCUCCAGGAUUUGACCGGUUUGGAACAGAUGCUGAUAAACUGCUCUAAGACACUCCCAACAAACUUGACUCAGCUGCACCUGGUCAGCCCCACUCAGGAAGCCUAUUAUGAUCCAAGCAUGCCUCCUGUCACUAAAGGCCUCGUUCUCCACUGCAAACCCAUCACCGAACGGAUACACAAAGCCUUCAAAGACCAGAAUAAAUACAAGUUUGAAAUAAUGGGAGAGGAGGAGAUUGCUUUCAAAAUGGUACGAACCAACGUGUCCCACGUGGUCGGGCAGUUAGACGACAUCCGGAAGAAUCCCAGGAAGUUCAUAUGUCUGAACGAUAACAUCGACCACAGCCACAAAGACGCAGCCACAGUGAAAGCAGUGCUGAGAGAUUUCUACGAGUCCAUGUUCCCGCUGCCGUCCCAGUUUGAGCUGCCCAGAGAAUACCGCAACCGGUUCCUGCACAUGGAGGAGCUUCAGGAGUGGCGCGUGUAUCGCGACAAGCUCAAGUUCUGGACCCACUGCGUCCUGGUGACACUGGUGGUCUUCACCGUGAUGUCCUUUUUCGCCGAGCAGCUCAUCUUGCUAAAGAGAAAGCUGUUCCCAAGACGCAGAGUGACUGGCAACCCUGAGCGGGUGUGAAAGAGGAAGACCGUCUCCUCUCUUAUGAGAAUCACCCUUUCCCUCCUUUUCGGAGGAAGCAGAAGCCCAGAGUCCUGCGUUCAGGGUUGAAUCAGAGCAAAUGGAGAUUGAGUCGAUGAUAACCAGUGCUGGUGACUGAAGGAGUCGACAGCCAGACAGUAAAAACAUGUAAAUCUUUUAUUUCUUAACAGGGACCAGUAGAAAACACUUCUUCCAUCAUCUUUUCUUGUCCUGCCUUUAGAAUUCAACUUUCAAAUGAACUGUUAAAGCUUAAACUGUUGCAGGAGUUUUUUUUUUUUUUUUUAAUACAAAACUCCUCAAAAUGCGACAAUUCUUUUAGUGGUGCCAUCCAAUGAGUUUGCUGUUUUUGUCAUUACAUAUUUUUGGAGUAAAAAAAAAAAAUUUCAGCUUUUGGAGAUUUUGAAUAUUUUUGAAAAUUUCUAGGUAAUCGCAGCACCAUUUUUAUGUUUUAUGGUUCAUUUUUAGGACAUUCAUGGGUAUCAUUUGCCUUUUUGGAAAACAUGAAGACUUUAAGUGCCUUUAUUCAUUAUUGUUUUUAGUGCUUUUUUUCUUAAACACGUCUGUGGGUUUACAAUAAGAAUGAAUGGGCGUCGGAAUAAUUAGAUUAUUAUUAAAAUGGUACAGAUGCGAUUGGUUGUUUGAGCUACAUGUAUUAGCCGCCUGCAUGUGUGUCCCCGUGGGACGCGACAGGCUCGCUGCUGUCUGAAAUUCAGACCUCCUCAGCAUGUCCUGUAACUUAUUUUGAUUGUAUCGUUGUGACAGAACCUCAUCUGAAUGCAGGAAUGUAAAACUGUCCUCAUGAAUUGCUUGCCACGUGUUUGAAAACUCCUCCGAAUGUCUGUUUUACUGCCUGUUUAUGACAGCGACAGAGACGUGAACGACUACUAGAAGCUGUCAACAGCUGGAAACUUCGGUUCAGGUGAAGGAUCCGUCACUGAUGUCAAGGCGAGAUCCUGAGCGGCAAAUCUGGAAGUGGGGCUUCCUUGUGUUGCAUCAGUGUUUCAUUGAAAUGGAAUAAAUGUUAUUUGGGUUAUUCA